AUGGCGGGAAAAAGGGGUUUCGACUUGGAGGACUCUCCACCGCUUAGCACCUCUAAAGCUGCGGGAUUCAAUGCCCAUGUAUUGAAAAAGCUACAAGCCGCUGUUACUGAGGAUCCCGAGAUCAACUUGACCGAGCAAUUCCCAACCGAAUAUGCGAAACGUCUCCUGGAGAUGCAAAAAACAAGCCAUCGUCUCCCUAAGAAAACUAAACCGAACCCUCAGGAUCUUCCCAAGGCCGACGAAGACAUUCGUCAAUCCCUCUGCCCAUUGGAUCCGGUUGAAGUUAUUUUCCCUCUUUCAGAUGUGGUCGCAAAAUUACUUGAGACUGUGCCCCGAACCGCGGAGUGUUCGCCAGUGGUCGGACUCUCUCAGCAGCUGUCUGAACUCCUACAGAGAAGUGAGAUCAUUUGGAAAGCUCCCUUCGCCCGACAGAAAGGGGUGUUUAAAUGCUCCCUCGGAGUAGUUGUGAAAGCAGUCCGUAACUUGAAGCACUACACUGAAUACACCACAUUACAAUAUCUUGACCGUCAUAAGCCAAGUAUCCCAGCACCGAAACCCCUUGGGUUAGUGCGUAUGAGUGGAAUUUCUCUGAUAUUCAUGAGCCACAUGCAAUCUGUACCGCUGGGGGAAGUCUGGCGAACACUUAUCCCUUCUCAAAAGACCUCGCUUAGCAACCAACUCAACACAAUACUUGCCGAUCUCAGAACCCUUCCUUAUCUAGAAGGGACUCCUCUUGGAGGAAUUGGAGGCGAAGGAUGUACAGACCUCAGGAGGCAUGUUCGCACGAGCGAGACACCUAUCACUAGCCUUGACGAUUUUGAAACAUUUUUGUUUUCUAGCUCGCAUCCGGGUGGGGACGUGUUCGUCAAGUUUCUUCGCCGAUUAUCAUCAUCAUUCCUAACCCGACCGGGGCCUCGCAUCGUUUUCACACAUGGAGAUAUAAGACCGGACAAUGUUAUGGUCCAAAUGACCGAAAAUAACAAGUAUACGAUUUCUGGAAUCCUUGACUGGGAAUACAGUGGAUUUUAUCCUGACUAUUAUGAAUGUGUCCGGUGCACAAACUGCCUAAGUCCAUAUGAGGAAGACGACUGGUUUUUAUAUUUGCCAAAAUAUGUUUCGCCAAACAGUUAUCCCGAGUGGUGGCUUCUCGAUCGAGUCCGAGAAACGAGAGUUGUAUGA